GAGCACAUGAGCAGAAAUGCUAGCUUUGCUUCAACUGCUAUGUUUUACACUGAUGAUUCACCAUUGCAAAGCACACAUUGAAAAAGCUAAGUUGGAGGAGGAAUGUAAGAUAGCGGAUAUCUGUCGCCACGACCAGGUCCCGAUGUGCGGCAUCGACUCGUGCGGCGAGCUGCGCACCUUCAUCGACACCUGCGAUAUGCACGAAUUCAACUGCGACAGCCGGAAAGAUUUUGUUCAAAAACCAGUACACGAAUGUUGGGUUACAUGUAAGAGGGGCAGGUCCUUCAAGAGGCCUACCUAUGGCGAGGGUUGCGACGGGAUCAAUAAAGUAUGAAUUCAUUCGCUCAUACCUGAACGAAUAGUCCUGUAAUGAAAAUCACCUGAAAUGAAUUUACAAGAUUAUAAUCGAAAUAAGACAGUAAGGGAAAUUCAAAAACUAUGUGAAAUUAUUUGUUUAGCUAAACUAGUCCAUUUGUGUAAGAUUGUCCCAUAAAAUGUAUGGUUUUUAAGAACCACAAGGCUGAUUUCUGAGAUAAGAUUAGAGUUGAGAUUACAUUACAAACAGAAUUUAUGAAAUGGCGAAUUUUUCAUUUAAAUGUUCCUGCCUGCUGCCGUUCUGG